GGCGGCGCACACACCUUUCCGUGGAAUUGAGGAUUUGUCUAUUUUGGUGGGUGCAUGUUUGGGAGAAAGCAGACAGGCUCAACGCCUUUUGAUGAAGAGGCCUCGAGUUUAAGUAACUUGUUCAAGGUCACAUAGAAGAGCCAGAACUAGAAUCCAGAUCUUCUGCCAACAGAGUUGUACCACUCUACCAUUCUGGACAGCAUCUUCCUCAUACUAAUUCUUCAUACACUUGACUACAGGAGCUAUGCCUGUUCCAGACCAGCCUUCAUCUUCAGAAAAGACUAGUUCUCUGAGCCCUGUGUUGAAUACAUCUAAUGGGGAUGGAUCAGAAACUGAGACAACUUCUGCCAUUCUUGCAUCAGUCAAAGAACAGGAACUACAGUUUGAAAGACUGACUCGAGAACUGGAGGCUGAACGCCAGAUUGUAGCCAGCCAACUGGAGAGAUGUAAACUUGGAUCAGAGACUGGAAGCAUGAGCAGCAUUAGUUCAACAGAAGAACAAUUUCAUUGGCAAACACAAGACGGUCAAAAGGAUAUAGAGGAUGAACUCACAACUGGUCUUGAACUGGUAGACUCCUGUAUUAGGUCACUUCAAGAAUCAGGAAUACUAGAUCCCCAGGACUAUUCAACUAGUGAAAGGCCCAGCCUUCUCUCCCAGAGUGCACUUCAGCUCAAUUCCAAACCUGAAGGGUCUUUCCAGUACUCAGCCAGCUACCAUAGCAACCAGACCCUUGCCCUGGGUGAAACAACACCUUCUCAACUCCCAGCUCGAAGCAGUCAAGCCAGAGCUGCUAUCCAGAGCUUCAGCCAGGGCACAACUAGCCGAGCAGCCCAUUUAGCUGGAUCUGAACCCUCUCAAUCACAUGCUGCCUCUCAGUCAAGAGAGUCCUUUGUGCCGAGCCAUGGGAGCGCGUUCCAUUUGCCUGACUCCCAGCAUUCUUCAGCCCUUUAUUAUUCCAGCUCCACUCUGCCAGCCCAGAGAGUGAGCUCUCCCUUGUCCAUGCAGCAGGUAGGCUCUCCCACAAAGCUCCAGCGGGUGGGGUCAGCCUCAGAGAGCACUGGAUACAGCACCACACAGCGGGUCUCCUCUCCUAAGCAGUCUCCAAGCCGGCUAGCCAAGUCAUAUAGCACCAGCUCACCCAUCAAUAUUGUUGUGUCUUCAGCUGGACUUUCUCCUUCCCCAAUACGUGUGACCUCUCCACCAACCAUCCAGUCUAAUAUUUCAUCCUCUCCUAUUCAUCAGCUAAGCUCAACCAUUGGCACUUAUGCUACCCUAUCUCCUACAAAACGUCUAGUCCACACGUCAGACCAGUACAACAAGCAUUCACAGGAACUGUAUGCCACUGCUACCCUUCAGAGACCUGGCAGUCUGGCAGCUGGAUCUCGGGCAUCUUAUAGCAGCCAACACAGCCACCUUGGCUCUGAAUUGAGGGCACUACAGUCUCCAGAACACCACAUAGAUCCCAUUUAUGAAGACAGAGUAUAUCAGAAACCCCCUAUGCGGAGUCUCAGCCAGAGUCAGGGGGACCCUUUGCAGCCAGCCCACACAGCCACAUACCGCACUAGCACAGCCCCAUCUUCCCCUGGUGUCGACUCCGUACCCUUACAGCGCACAGGCAGUCAGCACGGCACACAGAAUGCAGCAUCGACCUUCCAGAGGGCCAGUUACGCUGCAGGCCCAGCCUCCAAUUACGCAGACCCCUACCGACAGCUGCAGUAUUGUCCUUCUGUCGAGUCACCAUACAGCAAAUCUGGGCCUGCCAUACCACCCGAAGGGACUUUGGCUAGGUCACCUUCCAUUGAUAGCAUUCAGAAAGAUCCCAGAGAAUUUGGAUGGAGAGACCCAGAACUUCCUGAAGUGAUCCAGAUGCUUCAGCAUCAAUUUCCUUCUGUGCAGUCAAAUGCUGCAGCCUAUUUGCAACAUCUCUGUUUUGGAGACAACAAAAUUAAAGCUGAGAUAAGAAGACAAGGAGGCAUACAGUUACUGGUGGACCUGCUGGACCAUCGGAUGACAGAAGUCCAUCGCAGUGCCUGUGGAGCUUUGAGGAACUUGGUGUAUGGGAAAGCUAAUGAUGAUAAUAAAAUUGCCCUGAAAAAUUGUGGGGGCAUCCCAGCAUUAGUACGAUUACUACGCAAGACUACUGAUCUGGAGAUCCGUGAACUUGUCACAGGAGUCCUUUGGAAUCUUUCUUCAUGUGAUGCACUUAAAAUGCCAAUUAUCCAGGAUGCCCUUGCAGUGUUGACCAAUGCAGUCAUCAUCCCUCACUCUGGAUGGGAAAAUUCACCACUCCAGGAUGAUCGGAAAAUACAGCUCCAUUCUUCACAGGUGCUGCGUAAUGCCACUGGGUGCCUAAGGAAUGUUAGUUCUGCUGGAGAGGAAGCCCGCAGAAGAAUGAGGGAAUGUGAUGGACUUACGGAUGCAUUGCUUUAUGUGAUUCAGUCUGCUCUUGGGAGCAGUGAAAUUGAUAGCAAGACCGUUGAAAACUGUGUGUGCAUUUUGAGGAACCUCUCCUACCGACUUGCAGCAGAAACAUCUCAGGGACAGCAGAUGGGAACCGAUGAGCUUGAUGGAUUACUAUGUGGUGAUGCCAAUGGCAAGGAUGCUGAGAGCUCUGGGUGUUGGGGCAAGAAGAAGAAGAAAAAGAAAUCCCAAGAUCAGUGGGAUGGCGUAGGACCUCUACCCGACUGUGCAGAACCACCAAAAGGAAUCCAGAUGCUAUGGCACCCUUCAAUAGUCAAACCCUACCUCACUCUUCUUUCUGAGUGUUCAAACCCAGACACUCUAGAAGGUGCAGCAGGUGCCCUGCAGAAUUUGGCUGCAGGUAGCUGGAAGGGCUGUGAGGAGGAUGUGGCAGGCAUGGUUCAUGCCCUACGUACACUGCCAGAGGGGGCACCCUGCCUGCCACAGUGGUCAGUGUAUAUUCGUGCUGCUGUCCGAAAAGAAAAAGGUCUGCCAAUCCUAGUGGAGCUGCUGCGAAUAGACAAUGAUCGGGUGGUGUGUGCAGUUGCAACAGCUUUACGCAACAUGGCCUUAGAUGUCAGAAAUAAAGAAUUAAUAGGCAAGUAUGCUAUGAGAGACCUGGUCCAUCGGCUUCCAGGAGGGAACAACAGCAACAAUUCAGCCAGCAAGGCCAUGUCUGAUGACACAGUUACUGCCAUCUGCUGUACUCUUCAUGAAGUGAUAACUAAGAAUAUGGAGAAUGCCAAGGCCUUACGGGAUGCUGGAGGCAUUGAGAAGUUGGUUGGUAUUUCCAAGAGUAAAGGAGACAAACACUCUCCAAAAGUGGUAAAGGCAGCAUCUCAGGUCCUAAACAGCAUGUGGCAGUAUAGAGAUCUGAGGAGUCUCUACAAAAAGGAUGGAUGGUCACAGUAUCACUUUGUAGCCUCUUCUUCAACAAUAGAAAGAGAUCGGCAAAGACCAUAUUCUUCAUCACGAACACCCUCCAUUUCUCCUGUGCGCAUGUCUCCCAACAAUCGCUCAGCAAGUGCCCCAGCCUCACCUAGAGAAAUGAUCAGCCUCAAAGAGAGGAAAACAGAUUACGAGUCCACUGGAACAAAUGCCACUUACCAUGGAACUAAAGGAGAACACACUUCCAGGAAAGAUACCAUGACAGCUCAAAACACUGGAAUUUCAACUUUGUACAGAAAUUCUUAUGGUGCACCUGCUGAAGAUAUCAAACAUAACCAGGUUUCAGCACAGCCAGUCCCACAGGAGCCCAGUAGAAAAGAUUACGAGACCUACCAGCCGUUUCAGAAUUCCACCAGAAACUAUGACGAGUCCUUCUUCGAGGAUCAAGUCCAUCACCGUCCACCUGCCAGCGAAUACAACAUGCACCUGGGACUGAAGUCCACUGGCAACUACGUCGACUUCUACUCCGCGGCACGUCCCUACAGUGAACUGAACUAUGAAACAAGCCACUACCCAGCCUCCCCAGAUUCCUGGGUUUGAGACUCGGCAAGAAGGAACAGCUCCAGGAACUGUGCAUGUGCAUGCAUACACCACAAGACAUUUUUUUUUCCUGCAAAUUUAGUUUGUAAAAGCCUGUUCCAUAGGAAGGCCCUGAUAACCAGUAUGGAAACCUUGAUUAAGAGAUAUUUUAGAAGGCUUAAUGAGUUGAAAGUUAACUUGGAAGUCAAUAGAAUGAAAAAAAAAAAUCCUAAAUAUUAUAGUGUGGGACAACUUUUACUGUUGGCCCUAUAGAGUCUUAAAAAAAAAAAAGUGCUGUUUUUUGAAUGUGAUAGAAGGAAGGAGGGAGGAAACAGCAGUGGAUGAUGGAACAAGAAGGUUAUGUUAAGCACAAGAAACAGAAUAGUUUACAUACUUUAUGGGGGACAGCUUCUCACACUUUGUUUACUAUCUUCAUUCAUUGUGAAUCUAGGCUUCAAGUUGCAUUUGGGGUUCCUCUGUACAGCAAGAUGUUUCUUGCCUUUUGUUAAUGCAUUGUUGUAAAGUAUUUGAUGUACAUUACAGAUAAAAAAAAAAAACAAAAACAAAACCAAGUGCAUUGUGUAUAUUACACCAAUGCCGCAGUGUUUCUUCAUCUAUGGUUCUAAAUAUUACUUAAAUUUCAAAAUUUUGAAGGAUGUAUGAAUUUCCAGUUUUUUCUUUUCCCCAGUAUGUUUUAACAAAGACAAAAAAAGGAAUAUUUAGCAGUAUUGUUCGUUCUGAUAUGUGAAUUUGUUUGUGGCAACUAACCAAGGCGUUCAGCAAUUUCUGACAAUUAACAUACAUCAUUCCACACUCCUUGUCAACGAAGUGCUUUUUCACUGCCUAAAAUUUUAGAUGUAGAUAUUUGAAAUAGAUUUUUUUCAUUUAUACCAGUUUUCUUUAUGAUGAUACAGUGUUAAAAGAAAAUAAAUUACAAUUGAUCUGUCA